AUGAAAAUCACAUUUUUCUUUGCUGCAUUGUUCUUAGUGGAUUUCUUCACUUUCUUUCAUGCUUAUGUGCAAUAUCCCUUGCCUGACAUAGAAGAUGCAAAGUUCAUUGACGAUUGUGUGAGAGCUCACAACACAUUUCGAUCCAAAGUGAAUCCACCAGCCAGCAAUAUGCUUCGCAUGUCCUGGGACGCUGCUUUAGCUAAGACUGCCAAAGCAUGGGCAAAGAAGUGCAAGUUUGACCACAAUCCCUACCGUAAAAUUCCAGGAAAAAUGCACCCCACCUUCCCAUUUGUUGGAGAAAAUAUCUGGACUGGCACAGCCCACAUCUUCUCUGUGGAUGCAGCUCUCAAGUCCUGGUUUGAUGAAGUCAGUAGCUAUGAUUUCAGCACCAAUAGAUGUACUGUUGUGUGUGGUCACUACACUCAGGUCGUCUGGGCAGAGAGCUACAAAGUUGGCUGCGCAGUUCACUUCUGCAAUACAGUUGAAAGUUUUCCAGGACUGUUCAAAGCAGCACAUUUUGUUUGUAACUAUGGGCCAACAGGGAAUUACCCAAGAAAACCAUAUAAAGAAGGACAGCCAUGCAGUAGAUGCAAUAAUGAGAAGUGUGUAGACAAGCUCUGUGAAAAUACAGAACGUGACAAGCUGAUAAGUUAUGCCAACUGGUAUCCAGACUGGGACACACAGCCCCAUCCCCCCAGGCCUGCUGUCCCACCUGCUGGGCAUUCACGACCCUCUUGUGACCAAUACUGUCUUAGUGUUUUAAUUUUAAGGCCACUGUUUCUCGUACUGAGUGCUGGUGCUGUACUUCUAGUACAACAGAAAUUUCCACACUUUUUUUUUUAUGAGUAA